AGAUUAUCCCUGCAGAAAACUUGAUUUAGUAGCAAUGAAUAAAUUCAGUGUCACAGUUUUGCUGGCUUUAGUCCUUAUUGGAUUAUUUGCCGUUCAGAGUGAUGCAGGUUAUGGUUAUGAUCAAGGAUAUAAUGCACCAUGGCCAUACAACAAUGGUUACUAUGGCUAUAAUGGAUACAAUGGAUACCACGGACGUUAUGGUUGGAAUAAGGGCUGGAAUAACCGUCCAUAUUUAGGAUCAUAUUCGGGAAACAAAGGCUAUCUGUAUUAGUACUGAAACAAGAAAGUUAUCAAUAUUGAUAUGAAUGAUAGAUAAAUAAAGGCUGGAAUAACGGUCCAUGGGGAGGAUAUUAGUUCAUAUUAGGGAAACAAAGGCUAUCUGUAUUAGUACUGAAACAAGAAAGAUA